AUGGUUUUGUUGUGCAAGAGUUUCGACCCUGGUGGUGGAUCUGUGGUCUGCCCUUGGUGGAGAUGUAGAUUGCACCACCGAGGAGUCUUGCUUUCAGUGGUGGUCAAUCGUGAUCUGGCCUUGCUGGAGAUUUGUAGAUUGAACCGGCCAGGAACAAAGAGGCACCAAGCAAAGCCUAAAAGCAGAAAUGAGAAUAUAAUUGAGGAGAGCAAUGUUACCACCAAUAUUGGUCACAAUGCCAUUGGCUGCAAGAGACCAAAAAGAGAAGUUGCCCGUUCGAAUUUCAGUGAGAAGGCAUUUGACUUAUCUGAAGAAGAUUCACUUGUCACACCCAAGGAAAUCAGAAUUGAGGAGGAAACAGAGGCAGUUAGGUACAAGUUACGCCAACCAACGAAGCAGUAUGCGCCAUGGUGUGACACUGUCCUUAAAACAGCAAGACUGGCUGUUAGUGUCAUUGCCAUUUUAAAAGAACAAACUCGUGCUUCAAAACUUUCUUUCGCUGAUGUUACCAAGAGAGUAGCAGAAUUUGAGAGAGGGCACCAUGCAUUCAUUUCAAAAGAUGCAACACUUGUUGAAAGAUAUGUUGUGGUGCAUGGACAGAUAAUCCUUCAACAGUUCGCAAAUUAUCCAGAUGAGUACAUUCGACGGUGCGCCUUCAUCACAGGCCUUGUCAAGAAGAUGGAAGAAAGAGGUCACACGAAGCUAGCAAUGAAGAAGAAAUCUCAAGUUGUGAGAGGAGGGAAUCUGAACCCAAUUGCAAAAAUGACCCCAGUAUCAAAACGAAAUCUUAUGCGUGCGACAACCACAAAGUUGGUCAGCAGGAUAUGGGGUGAUUACUAUACAACCCAUUUCCCAGAGGAUUCAAAGGAGGGGGGUGAGAAUGAUGAGCAAAAGGUAUUUGAGGAGGAACAGGAAGAAAAUGAAGAAGAUGAUGCUGAAGGAGAGGUUGAAGUUGGCGAGGAACAUGUUUCGAGGACCUUGCCACCAACAAGGUCUAGAGUGACAUCAUUAGAUGUUUGUGAAGAAAUAAAAUGGGAAGGUCAAAUGGUUGGAAAAACACCUGCUGGAGAAGCUCUGUACAGAAGUGUUAGAGUUGGAGAUCUAAGUAUUCCUGUUGGUGGGGCAGUCACAUUGGAAGGUGAUUCAGGAGAAGCCAUUAUGUGUUCUGUUGAGUAUAUGUAUGAGACACAUGAUGGCACACAAAUGAUUAAUGGAAGAGUUCUGCAAAAUGGUUCGGACACUGUCCUCGGCAACGCCACAAACGAAAGAGAGGUGUUCUUUACCAAUGACUGUUUACAGUUCAAAGUAGGUGACAUGAGAGAAUCAGUUACUGUCAACUUCCAGCUAAUUCCCUGGGGUCACAAGUGCAGAAAAGACCAGUUGGAAGCUAUUAGGGCGGAGAAGGCCAAUGCAGAGGAUAGGAAGAAGAAAGGUUUGCCGGUGGAGUAUAUCUGCAAAAGCCUAUACUGUCCUGAGAAAGGUGCCUUUUUCUCCCUCCCUUAUGAGAAAAUGGGUAAUGGAACUGGCACUUGUAGUUCCUGUGAGGAGCGAGUAGCGGUUGGUGAUGAAUUCAAAAUACUGUCAGAGACCAGCUUUGUCCUCAAGAAUGUCACAUACAAUGUUCAUGACUUCCUGUAUAUCAGGCCCGAGUUUUUCCCUCGAGUCGAGGGCCGUGGGACCUACCGGGCUGGAAGAAAUGUGGGCCUGAAGCCCUAUGUGGUAUGUUGUUUGCAGAGUGUCAAUGGUGCUUCAAGGUCUCAUAAAGCUAAUCUGAAAUCAACAAAAGUCAGUGUAAGAAGGCUAUACAGACCUGAUGAUAUUUCAUCGGAUAAAGCUUACUCUUCAGAUAUCAGAGAGGUGUACUACAGUGAAAAUAUAGUUAGUGUGCCUGUUGCGAUGAUAGAGGGAAAAUGUGAGGUUACAGCAAAGGAUGACCUUCCAAAUUCAAAUCUUCCAGUAGUAGUUGAGCACGCCUUUUACUGUGAACAUUUAUAUGAUCCUGGCACUGGAGCUCUCAAGCAGCUACCGACCAAUGUUAAGCUCACCCUGGCAAGGAAGGCGCCUGCUUCGAGAAAGAAUAAAGGGAAGCAGAUUUGUGACGAUGAGCAAGCCGGUUCGGAUAAACACAAGGAUGAAACACCAGAGAACUGUCUUUCAACCCUUGAUAUUUUUGCUGGCUGUGGAGGUUUGUCUGAAGGGCUGCACCUAGCUGGCGCUUCACGUACAAAAUGGGCAAUCGAAUAUGAAGAACCUGCUGGGCAAGCAUUUCUUCAAAAUCAUCCUGAAGCAGCAGUGUUUGUGGAGAACUGCAAUGUGAUUCUGAAGGCGAUAAUGGAUAAGUGUGGCGAUGUUGAUGACUGCGUCUCCACUUCAGAGGCUUCUGCGGGAGCAGCAAAACUUUCAGAUGAGAAGGUUAAGAAUCUCCCUGUGCCCGGUGAAGUAGAAUUCAUCAAUGGUGGCCCUCCAUGCCAGGGGUUCUCCUGGAUGAACAGAUUCAAGCAGAGCCCAUGGAGCAAGGUUCAGUGCGAGAUGAUUCCAGCAUUCCUGUCCUUCGCAGAGUAUUUCCGGCCUAGGUUCUUCCUUUUAGAAAACGUCAGGAACUUUGUUUCGUUUAACAAGGGCCAGACAUUCAGACUAACACUAGCAUCGCUCCUGGAGAUGGGGUACCAGGUUCGAUUCGGCAUUCUAGAGGCAGGUGCUUAUGGUGUCACGCAGUCCAGGAAAAGGGCGUUCAUCUGGGCCGCCGCGCAUGGGGAGACUCUUCCUGACUGGCCUGAACCAAUGCAUGUCUUCGCUAGCCCUGAGCUGAAAAUAAACCUGCCAGGAGGUAAAUACUAUGCUGCUGCCAGGAGCACAGCUGGAGGAGCUCCUUUCCGCUCUAUAACAGUCAGGGAUACAAUCGGCGAUCUACCACCGGUGGUGAAUGGCGCCAGCAACCCAACAAUAGAGUACGGAGGCGAGCCCAUCUCCUGGUUCCAGAAGAAGAUUCGAGGCGAUACGCUUUCGCUGAGUGACCACAUAUCCAAAAAGAUGAACGAGGUGAAUCUCAUUAGGUGCAAGCACAUCCCAAAGCGCCCUGGCUGUGAUUGGCAUGACCUGCCAGAUGAGAAGGUGAAGCUAUCCACAGGGAAAACGGUGGAUCUGAUCCCUAAGUACUUGCUCAACACAGCCAAGAGGAACAAUCAGUGGAAAGGCCUGUAUGGGAGGCUGGACUGGGAGGGCAACUUCCCCACAUCAGUGACAUAUCCCCAGCCAAUGGGCAGGGUCGGCAUGUGCUUCCACCCUGAUCAGGACAGGAUCAUCACUGUUCGUGAAUGUGCGCGAUCCCAGGGCUUCCCUGAUGGCUACCAUUUCGUUGGCAACAUCCGGAGCAAGCACAGGCAGAUCGGGAAUGCGGUACCACCUCCCCUUGCAUACGCGCUAGGGAGGAAGCUCAAGCAAGCCAUCGAUGCCAAGCCGCUUAAGUUAACUGAAGACAUGGUCCAAGUGGGACUUAAUUUAUCACUGGGCCCUAUAUAAAUUCUGGGAACAGUUGACUCUGAAGUUACUACAGGCUGGUCACAUGAAUCUUUAUGUGCAUCUGUUGUAAGGAGGAUUAAAAACAUCAGGAUGUUGGUGGAGGGAACAUGCUCUUAGGAGUGGGGGCAUAAUCUUUAGUAAACAGAGGGAACAUACUCUUGGAAUUGGGGGCAUAAUCCUAGUAAACAGCAACUGUAAAACAAUACCAAGAGGUUUAUAUGAUUGAAUAAAUGAA